UUGCCUCCAGCAUGCCCCGUCACCCGCAACGCCAACCGCUGCUGCUGCUGCUGCUGCUGCUGCUGGCGCUACUGGCUGCGGGCUCUGCGCGCGCAGGCUCCCUAGGCUGGGAGCGCUACAUGGGCUGGAGGGCCAGGGACGCGCCGCUCAACGACACCGACCUCGAUGGUGUGGCUGAAUAUUUCUUAGGACAAGAAGAAUUUGCUAAAAUACCACCACCAGUUGUUAGAACUCCAUUGGGAUCUUUGAGGGGCUCAGUUAUUGCAUCCAGAACUGGAAAACCAAUAUAUUCUUUCAGAGGAGUUCGCUACGCCCAGCCACCUGUUGGAAACCUCAGAUUCAAGCCUCCUGUUCCUAUAGGACCUUGGGAAGGAACAGUGAAUGCAACAGCAGAUGGUUUUGCUUGUCCACAAGAAGAGAACUACAUUAUACCAACUGAUGAAGACUGCCUAUUUUUAAAUGUUUAUACAACAAAGUUACCAAUGCAAGAUGCCAAUCCUAAGAGAGCUGUUAUGGUCUGGGUCCAUGCUGGAGGGUGGUAUGGAGGCACAGGGAACAGCGCAUUGCAUGGACCACAAUACCUUAUGGAUCAGGACAUUGUACUUGUCACAUUCAACUAUCGAUUGGGAGCUCUGGGUUUCAUUUCUACGGGAGAUAAAUAUCUUCCUGGAAACUAUGGAAUGAAAGAUCAAGUGCAAGUUUUACGUUGGGUGCAACAGAAUAUCUUAUCAUUUGGAGGUGAUCCGAAGAAAGUAACACUUGCAGGGCUCAGUGCAGGAGGUGCCAGUGUCUGGUUUCAUAUGGUUUCACCAAUGUCACAAGGACUUUUCCAUAAAGCAAUAGCGAUGAGUUCAUCCAUUAAUGCACAAGCUGACAUGAGUGUAUCUGGGGACAUGGAUCUAGCAAAGAGGCAGGCUGCUGCUCUCAAUUGCCCAUCUGAAACGUCCAAGCAAAUAUAUGAGUGCUUAAUGAAGUUACCUGCACAAACUAUUGCAUCUUCUCUCAAUAAACUGGGAGAUUGGGCAAUAGAUCCAGUUCUUAUAUUCUAUCCUGUUAUUGAGCCUGAUCUUCAUGAUAAAUCAGAACGUUUUCUUCACUGGAGAAUUGAUGAACUCAUGUUGUCUGGCCACUUCAGCCAUGUCCCAUUUCUGACUGGUUACACAAAAGAUGAAUUUUCAUGGAGAGCUUUGUCAAUCAUUAACAAUACUUCAUGGCGAACUGAAAUGCAAGAAAACUUUACUUCUGUGGCUCCUUUAGCUUUCAUGUACAAGAAAGAACACAAUUCUGCAUACAAAAGUCAAAACAUACGGAAUUUUUAUCUUCAUAAUUUACCAAUAUCGGAAUUUGUUCUUGAAGGUCUUGGAAAUAUAUAUUCAGACUCAAUAAUCAACUUUGGUGUUGAUAGGGCUGCACGUAUAAUAGCAUCCACAAGUACUGAGCCAGUUUAUUUCUACAGAUUUUCUUAUCCAGGGCGGUACAGUUUUGUGUACUACCCAGGAACUUCAGUACCAUAUGGUGUUAUGCAUCAAGAUGACACCAUGUAUCUAUUUCAUGUGUCUGUUCUAUUCCCAUUUUUCAAUGAAGGUGCUCCAGAGAUACCAAUUCUUGAAAGACAUACAAAGAUGUGGGCAAAUUUUGUCAUACAUGGGAAUCCUACACCUCAUAAAGAUAUAGACAAAUUUGAAACAAAGUGGGAACCCUUUGAAGUAUCAGAUACAAAGUAUAUGGACAUUGGUGCAAGACUGGAACUUAAAACUGCACUUAAUCAAAAACGAAUGCUUUUAUGGGAUAAAUUGUUUCCUUUACCUCCAAAUUUUCAGCAUAGACCACAUCCAGAUGAACAUUCUUACAACUUUUAUAUUUAAUGUUUUGCUUUCGUGAAAACAUGCAGAAUGUGUGGUUUAUUUAUUUAUUUUCAGGGACUCAGUACACUUAACUCUUGAUGAACACAACUCUUGUCAUUUUUAAAAUUUUGUUAAUUUGUUGUUACAUUCUGUUCUGUUAUAUGAAAGUUAUCUUUCCCAUUUUUGCAAAUGCUGCUAGCCAUAACUACAGAGCAUGUUAAUGCUAAUCUGUGAAAUAAUGCACAGUAUCAUAUGUUCACAAUAGUUCUCCUUCACAUCUGUUACUGUCUCUCCAUUUCUCCCUUUCCCACUCUUCUUUCAUACCUAUCACUCCCCUUGUCCUCCCGGAGCAUGCAUGAAAACAAUCUUUCCCACUCUCUCUUCUUCCAUCCAUGUCACUCCAUUGUCUUCCUUAUGCAUGCAUGAAAACAUUCUUUUCCAUUAUAAGAAAUUAAGUCAUAUGUACUGUCACAGGUUGCCAGCAUCUGUAUUUCAUUUUAAGAACUGGCAUAGCUUAUUAUUGUUUUAGUAAGUAAAGCUGUCCACAGCAUGAUGGAUGGGUUGAACAUGACAGUAUUUUACUAGACAGGUUUCUAUUAGAGGUGGUAACAUCUCAUCUUCCUCGAAUUUUUGAACUGACCUACCCAGCAAGUUAUUGGGGAACGUACAGUUUAAAAUGGAUUCAUAAACUGGGUCAAUUUCCCAUUUUACAUAUGUAGACAUUUUGUCCAGGAUAAAUGAGUGACAGAAGAAACCUAGCAGUGGGCAGCUGACUUCAAAACUGAGGGUUUUUAUUUAACUCUAACAAAGCAGAUGUGUUUAUAGUAAUAAUUCAGUUAACUCUGAGCCAACCUUUGUUCAGUUAUUGCCAGAUAUAUUAAUAAUUUCCAAAAGUUGAAAGGGCUUGAAUGCACUCAUUACUCUACCAUUAGAAAUCUCAAAUAUAUCCCUGGUGCAUAAACUAUGUAACUUUCUAAACUUACAUGCUUUUAGUUAUCACUGCAUUUGAUGUAACCUUCAAGGUAGGAAAUAUUGACUAUUCAGACGCACAGUUCUCUGAAAAACAUUAUGUUUCUUAUUUUAGAGAAACUAGUGAUUGUACUGUACCUGGAAGAUUCUAAUCCACAUAUAAUACAAGAAAGACAGGUCUGUAGCAAUCAUGCAGCAAAGAAAGAAAGAUAUGACACAUGGACAUCAAACUUCCUGUGAUCAUGUGCAAAUUCUUCUCAUUGCCCCCAAUGGGUGUCAAAUAUUGCUACAUUAUACAGGGUAUUACAGAACGAUUUUUUUUAAAUAUGUGAGGAUGAAAUUCAAAUGCUUUGCAAUAGGGAACAUAUAGCCAGAAAGGUUUCCACAGAAGUAGGAUGUGUUUCAGCUUCUAUCACGUAACUACUAGGUGAGAUUCUCACAUCACAUUAUUGAACCACACAUCCCACCACAUUAUUUGAAUGGUAUAUGAACUUUCUGGAAAAUGCCUUGCCUGAACUUCUGGAGUGCGUUUGCUUGCAAUUGCUUGCUAGUUUUUGGUUUCAGCGUGAUGGUACUCCAAGCACUUUGAUCAUCAGGCCACUGCAUAGCCCACAGAUGACUUCAGGUUGAGAGUAAUUGCAAGGGAAUGCCCAUCCCUUGGUCUGUGCACUUCCUUGACCUCACCCCUCUUGAUGUUUUUCUCUGGGGUUGUGUAAAGUUCUUGUGUACUCAACAAUAGUAGGAAGAGUAGCUGAGCUUAAUAGGCACAUCUUUACAAUAUUUGAUACCAGCUGAGGGGAGCAUGUAGUCUUGAAGAGAAUUAGACAAAACAUGAUUCACCAUUGCAUUUUAUGUCACAAAGUUGGUUGUCAAAACAUGUAAUCUAAAGUAGUGAAGCCACAAAUUCUGUUUAGAGUAUUUGAUUUUACUCUGCUGUUCUGUCAAUAACAGUUUUCCAGACUGUGGUAUUAUGGUGUUUCAUUUAGCCUACCGAGUACCAAGAAAGUGCAUAAUGCUGUAGAAGCUUUAUUUCAUAUUUACAGCUAUAGGUUGCAUAUUGCAAAAUGUUCUGAAUCAGAUCCUCUACAAUGUUCCAAAAUUUUAAACUGGCAUUCUGUACAUAGGUGAGGGAAUGUUAUUUGUAACAGUACACAUAAAUGUAAUAUUAAAAACAAAUAGUUCUGGAAGUUUUUCUUAUGUAACAUUCCAUAUUCUCAGAAGUGAAUGCAAUAUCAAAGAAUAAACACCAAAUAAUACUGACAUUCCAUUUGUUGUAGAAUUUAGACUGGAUUAAGUAACAAAGUCUCAAAGUGAUUACACAACAAACAAAAUUGUAAAACAAGAAAAACAAUCAUAUUUCAGUUGGCUCGAAUAUAUGUUUCAAACUUAAUAUUUAAAACUUAUUUUAAUUUUUUCUGUUCCAUGAAUAAAUCUCUCUCUCUCUUUCUCUACACAACAACUUAGAAAAUUGAAAGUUUGAGGGCAAUGGUAUCCUUAGGAUUCUAGGAUUCAGUAAAUUACAUGCGCUCAUUUGGUCGUGCCAAGUGAUAAGUAUCUGAGGGAAGCUAGCGAGUCCUGAGUGGGAUUGUGUUUGGCCAGGAUUCUCAAGCUGGCAGCUUAUCACUGCUGGCAGUCCUCAGCUACUACAAGCAUUGUGUGGGCUUCAGUCUUCAAUGACUCUUGUUAAGGAUGACAGUGAAAUGUUGGUUUCAGAAAACAAGCAUCUUGGAUUAAGCACAUUAUAUUUAUUCACAUAAGAAGCAUCAAACAAGGUGUAUAACAAUGAACAAUGGAUGACAUUUGUAAAAAUAAAAUUUGUAAAACUAAAAACUAUAUAUAAACGUAUGGUAACACGCAAUAAGAUGGAGCUAAGAAAUUUUGAACCUAAGCUGGUUAUGCAUAGCACCUGGGGUAGUACAUAUGUGCCCCUCAAAACUGCAGGUGCCUGGGCAUCUCCAAUUGCAUAAUGUAUAUUGCUUCUGGUUCUGGCAACUAUGGAACACAGUCAUCCCUGUAUGAUCACCCCACCAUGUGACCUUGGGUGAUAUUACUCCCUUGGAACAUACCAAUAUCAGACAAGACAUUUUUUCUUGUCACCUUUCUAGUAUAGUUUGUUGCAGGGUGUUAGUGAUUUAUCUAUUGUAUGUUGGAAACUUUGAUUUAAAUUGGGAGAGGUUUGAUUGGUAUUCAAAAAAAGGAGUGAGCUGUAAAUACAAACAAUUUAAUUUUU